CAACCUGUCAUUUGUUUUCGGAAAUUGGAAAUCGGGGAACCGUGGACGAUAAUAAUUCAUGUUGAAACAUCGUUAAAAUCAAGUAAAACAACAUGAAGACGGCUCUAAUGGUGGCUGAAAAGCCAUCGUUAGCACAGAACCUGGCUAGUCUACUUAGCAAUGGAAAAUGUAGCACAACCAAAUCCAUCAAUAAUGCUUGUUCUGUUCACGAAUGGAAUGGGACGUUUAGAAAUGAGCCUGUACGUUUCAAAAUGACUUCCGUAUGCGGACACGUUAUGAGUUUGGAUUUCACCGGUAAAUACAAUAACUGGGACAAAGUGGACCCUGUGGAGUUGUUCAGUUGUCCGACAGAGAAGAAGGAGGCUAUGUGUCGGCUUAGAAUACCUGCAUUGCUGGCGCAGGAGUCACACGGUUGUGAUUACCUUAUACUGUGGCUUGAUUGCGAUAAAGAAGGAGAGAACAUAUGUUUUGAGGUAAUGAGUUGUGUAGCUCCCUACAUGAAAGGAGAUGUAUCAUCACCGUUAGUGACAUUCCGUGCCAAAUUCUCAGCUAUUACGGAAAAAGAUAUCAAAGCAGCCAUGUUGAAUCUCGGUCGGCCUAAUGAGAAUGAAUCCAGGAGUGUGGAUGCCCGACAAGAACUUGACUUGCGUAUUGGUUGUGCAUUUACUCGGUUCCAAACUAAAUAUUUUCAAGGAAGAUACGGAGAUUUAGAUGCAUCACUGAUAUCAUACGGACCAUGCCAGACACCUACACUAGGUUUCUGUGUUCAACGUCAUGACGAGAUUCAGACAUUCAAACCAGAGACAUUUUGGGUUCUGCGGGUUACUGCCAGUACUUCUGAAGGCAGAGAACUUCCUUUAGAGUGGAAAAGGGUCCGAAGUUUCGAGAAAGACAUAGCCCAUAUGUUCUUAGCUGGUAUAAAAGAGAUAAAGGAAGCUACUGUGGUUGAUAUCCAAGCUAAGGAGAAAGUGAAACCUCGCCCAGCUGCUCUGAACACUGUUGAGUUGAUGAGGGUUGCUAGUGCUGGACUCGGAAUGGGACCACACCAUGCCAUGCAGGUGGCAGAGCGAUUGUACACUCAAGGUUAUAUUUCGUAUCCCCGUACUGAAACAACAAGCUACCCAGAGAAUUACGAUCUGAUGGGUACUCUACGUCAGCAACAGAACGCCAGUAAAUGGGGAGCAGAAGUCCGUGCUAUAAUAGCGAACGGUAUCAACCGCCCGAAGAAGGGUCACGACGCUGGCGACCAUCCUCCCAUCACACCUAUGAGGCUUGCUACCGAAGCAGAACUGGACGUCGACGCGUGGCGAAUUUACGACUACGUCACGCGUCACUUCAUAGCGACGCUGUCACGUGACUGCAAAUACCUCUCCACCAUCAUCACCUUCCAAAUAGGCUCGGAAACCUUCAAGUAUACCGGGAACACGCUAGUUGAUGCUGGAUAUACAGAAAUUAUGCAUUGGCAGGCGUUUGGCAAGGACGAAUUCGUUCCGUUACUGAACGUUGACGACGUGCUGCGCGCUCACGACCACCGCCUCGUUGAGUGUCAGACCUCACCGCCAGACUACCUCACUGAAUCCGAAGUGAUCACGUUGAUGGAGAAACACGGUAUCGGUACCGACGCGUCGAUCCCCGUCCACAUCAACAACAUCUGUCAGAGGAACUACGUCACGGUCGGCAGCGGACGGCGGCUAGUACCCACCAAUCUGGGGAUAGUACUCGUGCAUGGAUACCAAAAGAUCGAUCCCGAACUCGUGUUACCAACGAUGCGAUCGGCCGUGGAAGAGCAGUUGAAUCUCAUAGCUCUUGGUCGAGCAGACUUCCACGCAGUGUUGGCUCAUACCACGGAGAUAUUCAGACGCAAGUUCCAGUACUUCGUGAGGUCUAUAGAGGCCAUGGAUCAGCUGUUCGAAGUCAGUUUUUCGUCGCUCAAGACUAGCGGGAAGGCGCUGUCGAGGUGCGGCAAGUGUAGGCGUUAUAUGCGGUAUAUACAGGCGAAGCCCGCCCGCCUGCACUGCUCGCACUGCGACGACACGUACGGCCUGCCGCAGAACGGGACGGUGCGCAUCUACCGCGAGCUCAAGUGUCCGCUCGACGACUUCGAGCUGCUGUCGUGGUCCUCCGGCAAUAAGGGCAAGAGCUUCCCGCUCUGCCCCUACUGCUAUAACCAUCCGCCUUUUAGGGACAUGAAGAAAGGUUUCGGCUGUAAUUCGUGCACGCAUCCAACGUGUCCUUACGGUGUGAACUCGACGGGAGUGUCGGGCUGCGUGGAGUGCGAGGCCGGGGUCCUCGUGCUAGACCCCUCCGCGCCCAAGUGGAAGCUGGCCUGCAACCGCUGUGACGUGAUCAUCAACAUAUUCGAGGAGGCGAGCCGCGUGAUGGUGAGCGACGUGGCGUGCGCGCAGUGCGGCGCGCAGCAGCUCAGCGUGGAGUACCGCGCCGAGCGCACGCGCCUGCCCGCCGCCAUCACCGACAUGACCGCCUGCCUCUACUGCGAGCCCAGCUUCAGCGCGCUCGUUGAGAAACAUCGCGCGGUAGCGUCCCGCGCGCCUGUGUCUCGCGGUCGCGGCGCUCGCACGCGCGGCAACAAGCACCGCAACAAGCAACCCAAGGACAAGAUGGCGCAGCUAGCCGCGUACUUCGUUUAACAAUAAUUGAGCUUUUUUGUUUCACAUUUGUAUUUUUGUUUGGAUACCGUAUGUCAGUGGUGAUGUUAUUCUUGUAUACUCAAUUAUACCAAAUCAAUAAGACGAUAUUUCUGGUAACGCAUACAGUUUAAGCCAAAGAGGUUUGUACAUGAAUACGCUUAUUAGGCACCUCGUGCACACUCCUUUUAAUACUAAACUAUACAACAGUUUCAGGUUUUUGCACGUUUUACUUUCCUAAAACAGACCUUAUAACAACGCAUUACGAUAAUAUUUUUUUUAAUUCAUUCAAAUUCAUUGCCACUGAUAUGCGGUAGUCGAUUUAUUUUAGAACCAAUUGAAGCUCAUCGUUCUUACAUGUACCGUAAAAUUUUUGUAUGAAUAACUGUAAAUGAAAUUAAAGCAAAAGAUUUAUGAAGGGGGACUUAGUUAACACUUGUAUUAACAAUUUAAUGCGAAAAACCACCUUAUUUACAUCCAGUUAAAGAUAGUUUUGUAACUUAAUAUUAAUAUAUUGGGUUCGUUACACACGUCGGGCGUGGAGAUGAAUAUUGUUUUUAUUAAAAGUUCGUUCCAUUUCACGAAAGAAUGUACAGAAUUUCACACAAGAAAUCAUAUACUUCCAACCCUAUGUACUUAAAUUAUCUGUCAUUGUAAUUUAAGUAAAAAUACAUUGACUCAAAGUUUAUUAUAGCUUGUGUAUUAAUUCAGUCAAAAAAUGGGAAUAGGUAUGUUUGUAUUAUAGAUAACCAACUCAUAUAUUGUGGUUAUUUACUAGCUAAAGAAAUGCAACUAAUCUCUAAGACAUCGUAAAGUUUCAUACAGAGUCUUAAGCGUCUUAAAUCUGUAUAUCAUUAUCGUUUUCGUAAUAAAUGCUAAGUUUUGUAUCAAUUUAAUAUGAAAUAGAAUAAACAUAAGGUACAAGUAUUUAAAAUUAAUAUUAAUGUAAAAUAUUGUACUUGUACCGACGUCUAUAUUAAAAGAACUUUUUUCAUUGUAAGAGCGAGACACCGCUACGAGUAAUAAAGUGCCGUUUCGCUUGCACAACGACAAGUCUUAAUAUAAGAGUCCAUUGUAAACGCGUUUUGUCACUAAGAAUAUACUACUAGUAUUAUAGUAAUACUGUCCUAUAAUAUUUGUUUGAUCUGAGUAGCAUUUCUCUCUUCAUAGGCUUUAUAAGAAUUAAGUUUGUAAUAAGAACUAAAUAAUAAUUAAUAUAGGAUAAACUGUAUUAAAAGUAUAUGUAGUCAAAGUGAAAAGUUUCAAUUCAUUGUCUCUGUCUUGCACUUGUAGUUUGAUGAUUGUGUGAGAGGGAUAGCUAUAGCUCGAGCAGCUGUAGUGCAAGCCGUUUGGCUUUUUAAUAUAUUUAGUAAUGAAAUCGUGUGUUUUAAGUUUAGAAUUCUUUUUUGUUCGCUUUUAACUGAAUAUAUGAAAUAGAAUUAUGUAUAUGUGUUACAUACUGUAAUUUUGCUCUGGUUUUCUGGCAUACAUAUUAUAUAUUAUAUACUUAAUAAAUUGAAAACAUAUUAAGUAACAACAUACGUUUAAGUUAUACUCGUUAAUUGAUCAUUUACCAUGUAUUUAGUUUGCUUGUAUACUUAACCUUAAAUGAUAAUGGAGUAUAUUUAUUUGUAACAUAACUUAAAUAAAUCAAUUGUAACCGA